AUUCCAAAAAAACAAAAUACAAAAUCCCAAGAUUUGGAUGACGCGUUCUCAAUCAAUUUUCCGACAGCUCACACUAUUAAUACUCCAUCACUCCUACUCCAUUAUGUAACUUUAUUCCUGUAAUAAAGUCAAACGUUACACACCAAUCAGUCAACCACAGAAACAAUGGCGAAGAAAGCAGUCUUGAUCGGAUGCAACUACCAAGGCACGAAAGCAGAGCUCAAAGGCUGCAUCAACGACGUCAAGCGAAUGCACGCUUGUCUGAUCCAACGGUUCGGAUUCUCCGACGACGAUAUCACCGUUCUUAUCGACACCGACGACUCCUACACUCAGCCCACUGGGAAGAAUGUUCGCAAGGCGCUGAGUGAUCUGAUUCGAUCGGCUGAGCCUGGCGAUAUUCUGUUUGUUCAUUAUAGUGGGCAUGGUACGCGCUUGCCGGCUGAGACUGGGGAAGAUGAUGAUACUGGCUAUGAUGAGUGUAUUGUGCCUACUGAUAUGAAUCUCAUUACCGAUGAUGACUUCAAACAGCUAGUAGAUGAAGUACCUAGUGGUUGCCAAAUAACAAUUGUAUCUGAUUCUUGCCACAGUGGGGGCCUCGUUCAGGAUGCUGAAGAACAGAUAGGGGAGAGCACUAAUUCUUCCUCCGAGGGGCAAGGGUCAGGUUUCGGGUUCAAAAACUUUUUGCAUCGGACCGUGGAUGAUGCACUUCAAUCUCGUGGCGUUCACCUUCCUUCUAAAUUCCGCCCUCAUCACAGGCAGGAAGAAGACUUUGAUGACCAAGAAGUUGAUUCAGGAGAUGGGGAUCGAGGCUACACGAAGAGCAGAUCCUUGCCUGUCUCUACCCUCAUUGAAAUAUUCAAACAGAAAACUGGCAAGGAAGAUGUUGAUGUUGGGAAUUUGAGGCCAAAUCUUUUUGAUGCCUUUGGAGAUGAUGCAAGUCCCAAAGUCAAAAAGUUCAUGAAAGUUAUUUUGGACAAACUCCAAAGCAGUGAUGGUGGUGGUGGUGGAGAUGGGUUCAUGGGGAUGGUUGGAGGUUUGGCACAGGAGUUCCUCAAGCAAAAGCUCGAUGACAAUGAUGAAUCCUAUGCAAAACCUGCGAUGGAAACAAAGGUAGAUAGCAAGCAAGAGGUUUACGCUGGUGUAAGCCAUAAGGCACUUCCAGAAGGCGGUGUCCUGAUUAGCGGAUGCCAAACCAAUCAAACAUCUGCUGACGCUAGCCCUGGCGGCAAUGCAGCUGAAGCUUACGGUGCUCUUAGCAAUGCAAUUCAGGCUAUAAUUGAAGAAACAGAUGGUCAAGUCACUAACCACAAGCUAGUUACAAAGGCUAGGGAAAUGCUGAAGAAACAAGGCUUCACCCAGCGUCCAGGUCUUUAUUGCAGUGACCAUCAUGUGGAGGCCAAUUUCGUGUGCUAGUACAUUCUCCAAUGAAGCAACUGCAUUGAACUUGAUUCUGUUUGUGUGGGUUUCUCCUUUCUGUGAGUGCUUAUAUUAGGCUGUGCUUAUUUUGUGAUGACCAUCUGGUUUUGCUCUGCUUUUUAUCAUUCUCGUGUGUGAUUGACCGGCUCUAUUAUCUAAUGUUGGUACUUUACAUUUCUAUC